AGUUCCCUCCGCGGAGCAGCCGGCCCCCGCCGACCCGAAAAAAUUGGGCGGCCGUCGCCUCCCCUCCCUCCUCCAGCCCUCCAGUAUCCCAUCUCCUCCCCGCCACGCCCCAAUUCCAAUUUCCAAGCCAGCAGCAUCUCGCGAAAUUUUCCCCAGAUUCGCCUGCGCUUCGAGCUCCCUCCACCAUUUUCGUCCAAAACUCAAAUCCUCCCUCCUCGGCCGCAGCUCUCAAAUACCCAUGGCCGCUCCCCUCCCACAUCCAGCUCCAGCCUCUCCGCGCCGCCUCCGCCCCCGAUCCCGAGCGCGCCCGUUACCCGAGCCCCCGCGAUGGCCGCCGCCGGCUCCGGAGCUGACAAGGAGAACGCCGCUCCUUCGACCUCGGCCGGGCCCCGGCGGCGCGGGUACGGCGUCAGGAGCUGCGGGGUGAAGAAGCGCCCGUCCAGGCCGCGGUCGGCGGGGCGGGUGCCGCUCCGGGACAUCACCAACCUGGUGGCGGCGGCCGCGGGGCCCGAGGCGCCGCUCGCGCCCGGGCAGGACGCAGCGCCGGCCGCGCCGGAGCUGGCGAAGAAGCCCGAUGCGGCGGUGCCGGCGGUGGCCGGAGCGCCGGAGGCGCAGGACGGGGCGGCUGCUGGUGGCGCCGGGGCGAAGAAGGCGGCCGCUGGUGGCGCAGCGGUGAAGAAGGCGGCCGCUGCGCCGAGAUACUCACUCCGGAAGGGGUUCAGAUAGGCGCCGCCUGUACAGUAGAAUUCGGAGGGAUAUCACCUUAUGCAAUGACUGGAUUGGAUGAUGUGACUAAAUAAAGGUAGUAAUGCUAACUCUAAACUAGGAAUUCUUUUCACUUGGUGUACUUAGCUCAUCUCAGCCAUGAGCAUACGUGGUAAGUAGUACCCAGUGCUAAAUCUGUUCAUUUGUUGUUUUGGACAUCAAUAUCAUCUCCAAGGCACAUCCUUGUCCAUUUUUUUGUCUUAGCAAAGAGCCAAUGAUUAUUGAAUCAUAAUGGUACCAAAGUACUUCAGAUGAAACAUAUAAAUUAGAUCAUUUCUAUGUACAUCUUUAUUAGUAUUCCAAGUUCUAAAGUUUGUUUCCAAAGUGGCUGCUCGGAAUGUCUUUAACCCUAUUCAAGUUUGGUCUAUGGCAUUACACUAGAGUUUAUUUCACUUAAUAUGUCCAUGUGAUCAUAAUAGUCGAGUAAGCUGAACAGUACUUUCCAGCC